AUGGAGGGAGUAGUGGAAGAUUUGGAACAACAACAUGACGAGUUGAGAGGAGAUGUUAAUCAGUUGAAAGAACAAAUGAGUAAGAUUUUGGACAUGCUACAAUCAAUGGAGUCAAGAAGGGAUACAAAUGGGAAUUCGUCUGAGCAACCUCAUGUUACACCUGCUUACCCCCCUGGGUUCACUCCUCCACCACAGCCAAACCAAAAUACUCAGGUCCAGUUCCCUCCAUAUGGGUUACCCCAAGGCUAUACACCACCAGUGGCUGCAAACACUUCAGAAAAUGAUCAUCACGCUUCCACCAUGAACCCUCAAAACCAGAUUCAUAAUACUCAAACUCUAUUCCCUCCAUAUGGCUUGCCUCCGGGAUAUAUGCCACCAGUGGCUAAUAAUAAUGAGAAUAAUCCCAUUACCUCUGUCUUAAACCCACCGAACCAAACACAACCCCAAGAUCCAAACCUUGAAACAAGUGGACCACAAAUUCCAACUCAACCUCACAUCCAAACGCCUUAUACCCAUGUACAUACACCACCGGUUGACACAACUCAAGUUGGAGGCCCGUCGAUCCACCAAAGUGUCGUUCCCACAUCAGUUAUCAUUACACACCCUAGCCAACUCGAGGAUAACUCAUCUAAAGACAAAAUACAAUUUUUGGAAGAAAGAUUAAGGGCAAUUGAGGGAGUUGAUCAUUAUGGACUCAAUGCUAUUGAUUUGUGUCUAGUUCCUGAUGUUGUGAUCCCUCCUAAAUUCAAGAUUCCUGAAUUCGAUAAAUAUAGAGGGGACACAUGCCCAAAGAACCAUCUCACCAUGUAUUGUCGAAAGAUGGCCUCAUGUGCUCACAAUGAUAAAUUGUUGAUCCAUUUCUUUCAGGAAAGCCUUAUAGGGGCUGCCUUGGGUUGGUACAUGAACUUGGAGCGAGGACGAAUACAUACGUGGAAAGAUUUGGCAGAAGCGUUCUUAAAGCAAUACAAGUACAACAUGGACAUGGCCCCAGAUCGCACGCAACUGCAAAAUAUGUUGAAGAAGGAGAAUGAAACUUUUAAAGAGUAUGCCCAGCGUUGGAGAGGAGUGGUUUCUCAAGUACAACCUCCUUUGUCUGAAAAAGAAAUGGUCACAAUGUUCAUUGAUACGCUCCAAUCACCCUUUUAUGAUAGGAUGAUUGGAAACGUAUCAUCGAACUUCUCAGACCUAGUCGUUAUUGGAGGAAGGGUUGAGAUGGGUGUACGAACUGGUAAGAUUGCUCACUCAUCAACAGGAUCAAUGUACGCAAAGAAGCCAUCAACAAAUACAGAUAAGAAGAGAGGAGGCGAAACAAAUGCAGUAAUGUCAACCUCUAUCGGGUCCAAUCGUGUCCCUUUUGCACCUAGUCAUCGACCCCAAUACAUGCAUAACCCAAAAGUGGCAGCUGUUUCUUUACCUCCAUAUCCACAACAUUAUCAAUUUGGGAUGGCCUAUCGAUUACCUGCACCACCAUCGCAAGUCCCAAUACCUCAACAAAAUCAAUCAAAAACUCUCUCUCCUAAUGUGGAUAACACUUAA